AUGCUCCUUGCUGUGGUCAUAGCUUCUGCCCUGCUCCUCUGCUCUGUAACCAGUCAGAAAUGCUCAACCUUCGAGGACAUUUUAAACAUAAAGUCCCUCAUGAAUGAAGCACAGGACAAUUGCACCACCCCAUGCUUCCAGGAGGGCCUAUCACAGAUGAUCAAUGCCACAGAGAAAACCAGCAGCUCCUUCUUGAUUUUACAUAAGGUCAAAAGGACCAUAAUGAAUUUAAAGUACAACAAAUGUCAAUUUUUUUCCUGUGAUGAGCCAUGCAAACAAGCCUCAACAGGCAACACGCUGACUUUCCUGAAGAGACUCUUGGAAGUUUUCCAGAAACAAUGGGUCAAAGGCAAAAUAUGA